CCGGAGGCCCCGGGGAUGGGCGGGGCGCCUCCAGCCGAAGGAGGAGCGGCGAUCGAGGCGGGGCCUCCCAGCCCAGAUAUAAGGGCUGUCGAGGGGCUCCCUCGACACCGGAGUCUGAGACCAACUGCCACGAUGCCCCUGUCCGCCGCCGACAAAGCCAACGUGAAGGCCGUCUGGAGCCAUGUGAGCAGCCAUCCCGAGGCCUUCGGCGCCGAGUGCCUGAACAGGCUGUUCGCCUCCAACCCCUCCACCAAGACCUACUUCGCCCACAUGGACACCAGCCCUGACUCGGCCGACGUCAAGAAGCAGGGCAAGAAGAUCAUCGACGCGCUCACCCUCGCCGUCAACCACAUGGACGACCUGCACAGCGCCCUCGGCCCGCUGAGCGAGCUGCACGCUCAGAAGCUGCGGGUGGACCCCACCAACUUUGGGUUACUGAACCACAACAUCCUGGUGACCAUCGCCGUCCACAACGGAGGUCCCCUCAAGCCCGAGCUGCAGGUCUCCUGCGACAAGUUCCUCACCCAGGUGUCCAAAGAGCUGACCUGCAGGUACCGCUAAGCGGAAGGAGAGCGCCCCGCCGGAACCGCCGCGCCCGACAUCGACGCCUCCCUACCUACCCUCCGUCUCCGACACCAGCAGCAGCCGCAGCAAUCCGCGCCCCAGUCGGCUGCAAUAAACUUGUUGGCCUCUGA